UGAUGAUCAGUGUGGCCCCAGAAGUGCCACCUGUCAGUGCCCAUCAAUGCCACCUGUCAGUGCCAAUCAAUGCCACCUGCCAGUGCCCAUCAGUGCCACAUCACUGCCACAUAGCAGUGCCUACCAGUGCACAUCAAUGCCACAUAUCAGUGCCCAUCUGAGCUGCCUUUCAGUGUCACCUAUCAGUGCCAGUCAGUGCCACCUAUCAAUGCCAUCAGCGCCGCCUAUCAGUGCCAGUCAGUGCCGCCUAUCAGUGUGCAUCAGUACCACCUAUCAAUGCCCAUCAGUGCCGCCUAACAGUGCCAGUCAGUGCCACCUAACAGUGCCAGUCAGUGCCGCCUAUCAGUGCCAGUCAGUGCUGCCUAUCAGUGCCACCUAUCAGUGCUGCCUAUCAGUGCCAUAUAUGAGUGCUGCCUAUCAGUGCCCAUCAGUGAUGCCUGUCAAUGCCCAUCAGUGUCACCUACUAGUGCCUCCUCAUCAG